CCCCGCCCCUCUCCUCGGGGAAGGAGCCCAGCCCGGCUGGAAAGAUGGCGGCGCCCAGCGAGCAGGUGGUGGCCGGGGAUUUCGGCUCCUGGCUGGAUUGCAGGCUGGAGGCGCUGGGCAUGGACCCGGAGGUGUACCCGGCCUACAUCCAGGGGGUGCUGAGGGAGGAGGAUAACCCGGAGGAGAGGGACGAGGCGCUCAGAGGGAUCCUGGCCGCCUUCCUGGAGGAAGAUUCCAUAGAAGAUGUGUGCCUAGAAAUUAUUACUAAGUGGAGUGAAGCACAGAAAUUGGAGCUGGCACAGGCAAAGCAGGAAGAUGAGGUGGAAGCUCUUACCAGCAUGAUGGGGAAGCAAGCCCAGAUUGUGGUCAAGCCCAAAGAGGUGUCAGAAGGGGAGCAGCGAAGAAAAGCCGCCUUGCUGGCCCAGUAUGCCAAUGUGACAGAUGACGAGGAUGAAGAUGAGGCUGAAGUUGUUACUAGUUCAAUGGGCGCCCACAACGCUGAAAAAUCAUUAUUCAAGAACACCAAUUUAGAAGACAUAGUCAAUGCAAAGAAGCAGGAACGUGAUACAAUGCGGGAGGCUUCCCAGAAGAAAAAAGAACAAGAUAAACAACAACGGGAGAAGGACAAACAAGCCAAAGUGGACCGUAAAGAUAAAGAGAAGAAACGCACACAAAAAGGGGAACGUAAACGAUAAGGUGGAUUCACACAGACUUUGUCACGGGCUGGUUGAGUGGUUGUGGUUUUGUACACAACCUCUACAAUGAUAUUUUUCUGGAGCACCUCAGAUCUGAGUUUCUCUCCUCUGAUGCUGAACAUUUAUUAACCGAAGUUGCCAAAUUAUUACAAGUUACAUCUGAAUACAGGAGCAAGCUGGGAAGAACCAAUUGUGGGAAAGAUGUGAAAAAAGAAAUGUUAUCUCAACCUACAGGACCAUGAAACAUGAACAGUGGGUUGGCAUACUCAAUGGUGGGGCUCCUUUUUUUCUGCACUGACAAUAUAUUUAUAAAUUUGUAAAUUAUCUCAAAUAAAACACUGCCCGAAACACUGA